CCGGCCUGUCAAGAGACGCUCUUAUAUGCAUCCGUUCAAGUCCAGCCGGCGGUUAGUGCGAGUACUGUAUAGUCAGCGUGACCGAAGCGAGCUUACUGUGUGGAUUCAGUAAAAUGAACAUGUCUCGUAUUCUCGCAAGAUUCUCUUUUCUUGUUUUGAAAGAAACCACUGCUAAGCCUCUGCUGCCAUUACGCUGUUCGAGAGUGAGUCGUCCAAUCUGUACAACUUCUGGACUGAGGUCAUUGACGCGUUAUGAUGAGACGGGCGUAUCCACUGACUGGAAAAAGAAGCUGACUCCAGAGCAGUACGUGGUUACCAGGGAGAAAGGCACAGAGGAGCCCUUUAGUGGGAUCUACCUGAGCCAUAAUGAGGUUGGAAUGUACCACUGUGUGUGCUGUGACACCCCACUCUUCAGCUCGGAAGCCAAGUAUGACUCUGGAACUGGAUGGCCAUCCUUUAACGAGGCACAUGGAACAUGGGAGAGAGACGAGAGCCAUGCCAACAUUCUGCGUCGCCCUGACAACUCACUGGGCAGUACUGGGACCGAGGUCAUCUGCAAACAUUGUGAUGCCCACCUUGGUCAUGUAUUUGAAGAUGGCCCAGAUCCCACAGGCCAGAGGUUCUGCAUUAACAGUACAGCCCUCAACUUCAAACCACGAGCCAAGUAGGCCCCUUGGUUCUCUCCCAUUCCAGUAGAAGACUUUCUUGCAGCUUUAUGGGAUUGUGUAAAUAAGCAUGCUGUGUAUUGUCAUACAUGAGCUGAGUCAUACUCUAAGACAAGAUAUCGUGGGCAGGUUUUUCUGUGUGAUUGAUUUUCUUUGGUGUGUGAAAUGCAGCCUUCAACUUCAAGAAAUGACCAUAAAAGUAUAUACAUAUGGGUUUUUUUUGUCAAAAAUGUUUUCUUUUGCAUUACACGUGUACUAUAGUUUAUAAUUUGUUUAUCUGAAUGUAUGUUAUGUUCAUCUGACAUGAAUGUGUCCACACACAAUAUCCCUGCCAUUUGUGUUUUGUUAGGAAUAUUGUGUCUAGAUACUGUUUGAGCUGAGUUUGUGACUAGCUCCUUGGCUAUGAAUAAUGUAAAAGUAUCAUUACACAUGUAGGUAAUGGGUUAUUUUAUUCUAUUAGAAUGUCAGUUUCGAAAUUUGUUGUAUUGGAAAGAUUGUGAACUUGAAAGUGAUAUACUUUAGCAUUUCAAUUCAUUUAACAGUUUCAUAAAUCCAAAAUAGAUAGUCUAAAUGUACAUUGGAGUCAUAGUACAUUCAUACACUUAAAUUCAUAAACUUCUCCUGGCCCUUGACUGAAUUCCAGAAUUGUGUGUUCUCAUGUUUCUUAGGUCAUAUUAUGCCACUUUUUUGGACAAACAGUAAUUCGGUAACACUUGUUUUAGAUGCUGAUGUAUGCACAAUAAUGAAAGUCUGUAAUUCUACUAGUUAAGGUAGAAUUUAGUGAAAGUUAAAUAACCGCAACAUACUAAUGGAAAGUUUACUGAGAAGUUAAAAAUGAAUAUGACAUGAGAUUAACAGUGCUACGUGAUAUAAGCUAAUAUUGGUUCAAUUAGAUAUUUGUUAAAAUCUGUUGCUUUUUAGGAAUACCUUUUGUUUAAGGUGUGUGUAUAUAUAUAUAUUUAUAUACAUAUAUAUAUAUAUAUAUAUAUAUAUAUAUGUACUCACCAAGGAAUUUAUCAUUUAAUUUAUUAUGACCUUUAUGUAUGAAAGCUCUGAGUGUAUUUCAGUUUUACCUGGGGUAAUUGUAGAGAAGCAAAAUAACCAUUGCUGUUAUAGUUACAUUAGUCCCUGGGAAAAUGUUUUAUAUUUAUAUAUAUAUAAAAAAAAAAUUCCAAUGGUGUUCGUUCUGUAAUGAAUCACAUACACGCAUGCUUUCUCACACAUUAAAUUUUAACAAUUUCAGUGUGCCCAAAAUUAGGUGUUACAUGAUCUUUAAAAUAUAUUUUUGCUUAAAUAAAGCAUUUUGCACAGUUUUGUCUGGCAGCAUAUCCUGAUAUCUAGUCAUGAUUAAAAUAUUUUGACAACAAA